AUGGAACGGCUUCUACGCCCUCCCUGGUUCGAGGUGGACCCUGACUCUGCCCAGGCCGCCAAGGAGUGGACACACUGGCUGAGGAUGUUUACAAACUUCGUUCAAUCAGUGCAGCUGACUACCCCUAUGCUUGACAAACUGGUUCUUCUCACUAACUAUGUGGCUCCUAGUGUGUAUGAUUUUAUUUCUGAGUGUGAGACUUAUGAGAAGGCUGAAGAGGUUCUGACAUCUUUGCACGUGAAACCAAAGAAUGAAAUAUUUGCCAGACAUUUACUUGCCACUCGCAGGCAAAACUCAGGUGAGUCCCUGGAUCAGUUCCUGCAGGCACUGAAGCUACUUGCUAAGGACUGCCAAUUCAAAAGUGUAACUGCGGAGGAAGCGUGUGACAGUUAUGUUCGGGAUGCCUUCAUUAAUGGUUUGGUCUCGUGUGCAAUACGCCAGCAUCUGUUGGAGAAUAGGACACUGAACCUAAAUACUGCUUAUGAACAGGCCCGCACUCUGGAAAUGGCCCAGAAGCAUUCCGCCUCCUCCUCUUCAGCAGAACCUGUCAAUGCUGCUUUGUCAGCAGUGAGUCGAGAGGAGGAAUCAGCUAGUCUGUUUCUGCUGCUACUUCUGGUGCUCGAUGCUUUUUUUGUGGGAACAACCAGCAUCCCCGGACUCAGUGUCCUGCUAAAGACGCAGUGUGUUUGA